AUGGCAGGGAUCAAUUUCAAUCAAGUCUCUUCUGAUCUUAGCAUUGUUGAUCUUGAUGUUCCAUUUGGCCUUCUUUUCUCUGUGGUAGCUACUAUGACUUGUUAUGCAAAUCUAACUGUUUUAGCUGUUGUUACUUGGCAAGUCUUGUUUGUCUCCAUACCGAUGAUUUAUUUUGCGCUGCGCUUGCAGAGAUACUACUUUGCUACAGCAAAAGAACUGAUGCGGAUGAAUGGCACAACAAAAUCCUUUAUAGCUAAUAAUCUUGCAGAAUCUGUUGCUGGAGCUGUGACAAUAAGGGCUUUUGAAGAAUAA